AUGGAUAAUGAUGAUGAUGGGGCUCCCACUUCUGAAACAUCACCAAAACACCACAAAGUCCAAUAUAACACAGAUGGAGAUGAACUUAGGGAGCGGAUGGUUUCCUUUGACAGCAGCGCAGAGUCCACACCCAGAAAAUCGUUAACCAAGAGCAAAAACUCAGCCUCCAACCCUCAGAUCUCAUCAAAACCUCAUGACCUCAGCACGCUGGACAUGAAAACCUCAUGGGAUGGCAGCAUUCCCAGCAACUCCACGACUGGCAUGCUUGCUGAUCCCAUCAAAAUUGCUAAAGAACGCGAGAAAGAGGAGCGUGUGAGGCAGGCUCGAGAACGACUGCUGGAGGAGAGGCAGAAAAAGCUUGAUGAACUAAGGGAGCAGCAGAAGAUGGCUCAAGAAAAUAGGGAAAAGCAGCUGGAGAUGAGGAGAAGGAAGAUUGAUGACCUGAGGAAGAGAGACAUAGAGCGAAGAAUUGCCGUGGAGGAACGCAGGAAGAUGAAAGAAGAAGUGGAAAAAGCCCGCCGCGAGUCCAUCCUACAGAAAGCUGAAGAGCGUGUCGCUCGCUACGAGGCCUGGAAGGCUGGAGGUCGUAAAGGUGGGAGGGGACAUGUGUUAGGUUUUGGUAGUGCCACCCCUCGAGACAUCUGCCAGCCCAUUGAGCGGCCUAGACGCUCUUCCUCACAUAGUGCCCUCCAAAGGCGCUCCCCCAAUGGGUCCGACGUUGACUCAGUGCGCCCUCAGAGGCGUGCGGUCUCGGCGUGCAGUGCAGUGCGCAGACAUAUAGAUAGUAAUCGCAUUGGUAUGAUUUUUUUCUUCUCGGGAAUUCUCUUGUUAUGGGCUUUUUUCCACUCCAAUUGUUUCCAUGGUGAAAGGGUUAAUGUACAUCAUUACUCAUCAUUGUUUUGUGAUAUUGCCGUGUUGUGCUGUUUGUUUGGUGGAGGUGACAGCCCAACCAAGCAGCUUUCUGUGUCCACCAGUGUCCUGUACUCCAAACGUAGCCAGGAGUACUCCUCUAUGAGCACACUGCACCCUACCUCUCGCCAAAGCUUGUCUGUGGGUAAGGCAUUGUUGUACUCUUUCAUAGGGACAACUGCUGCAACACCCCCGGCUCCAGCAACCACCCACUACUACCCUAGACCUGCAAGUACCAUAGGAGCUGGGAGCAGCCCCUUGAGUAGAGCCUGUAUGACUGCCAGCUUGCCCAGUCCUGUUCGGGUGAGAGAGAUUAAGUCGCCCCGAAAGCCACGGCCUGCGAGUGUAGCCUCAUCAAUGCCCAGUUUUCUUGGAGGGGAGCCGGCCAAGUCACACCGCAGCAACAGCACUGACCGUACUGGACGAGAUCGUUCAAGGGCUCGAGCAUCUCGGAAAGAUGACAAGACAGAUAAAAAGAAUGAAGGAGAAAAGACCCAGAAUCAGGACCAGUCAGAGGAGAAAACACAAGAAGAUGUUAAGGAACAUGGGGAGAAAAAGGAAAAGAAAGACAGAGUUUCUCUUUCCUUCAUGAAUCGUUUGUCUGUUUCAAAGUACAGCAGAAAGGAUCCGGAACUUCCCGUGAAGGAAGCUGCUCCAAAGAAGGACAGUCCAGUCAUUCGGCCUGAGCUCUUCAGUGAAAGAGAUCUGGAUGGAGUUGCCGAACCUGAGUCCCCAAGGAAAGCAUACUCCACCAGUAACCUGGCCAUGAUGAAGAAGAGAUCUUCAUUGAAAGAGAAGCAGUCUCCAACGCACACAAAAGAGCCUGUCCCUAAGAUUGUCCAACCUAAAGAGACACACCAUGGAACUACACCUACAAGUGGAGGUCCUGCACCUACAUCUGCAGCUCGUUCUGUGUCUCCUAUUAGAAAACCUGAAAAAGCUUCAGUCAGGAUGGCUUCACCUAGUCACAAAGGGGCGGACAAGUCUAUUAGCACAACUCCAGUUAUUUCCCAUCCUCCAGCUGCUUCUUCUACUCCGACACAUGGGCCAGCAGUUUCGACACCGGGGUCAAGUUCUGAUGGGUUCCUUGCUUUUACAUCCCCACAGCUUUCUGAUGGGUUCCUUGCUUUUACAUCCCCACAGCUCCCAGUAGCCCCUGUUGCUGAUGAUGGAACUACUGCAUUACGUACCAGCAUGGGUCCAACACAGGACAUCUCAGCUGAAGAGUAUAAGGCACGUCUGGCGGAGAAGCGACGACAGGCCAGGGAGAAAGUGGAGAAGGAGGCAGAGGAAGAGAAAAAGCGACAGGAAGGAGCCAG